AGUCAGCUUCUUGUUUUUUUACGUUGGGCUGCUUCUGUCUCUGGAGGGUAAGAUACUUUUCUGACUGCUGUCAUUUUAACAUUACGUUUAUAUUAACUUUUUAUUCAUCUAGCAGAUGCUAUUAUCCAAGGAGACAAACUGCAUUUAUAAAAAGUAUAGCAGAAGAUUAAGGAUCACAAGUUUACAGUUCUACAGUAUUGUACUGUAUUGUAAAUACUAGAACAAGUCUCCCUCCCCCUCUCUCUCUCUCCCUCCCCCUCUCUCUCUCUCUCUCCCUCCCUCCCCCUUUCUCUCUCCCUCCAUCCCCCUCUCUCUCUCCCUCCCUUUCUCUGUCUCUCCCUCACUCUCUCUCUUUCUGUCUCCAUUGGCAUUGUGGAUGUUGCAUGUGUGUGUGUGCAAGUGUAUCUUUACUGUGUGUGUGUGUGCAGAGGUAGGGGGGUCCCGGGGGGGUAUCGUGGGCGGCAGGGAGGCAGAGCCACACUCCAGACCGUACCUGGCCUCCCUGCAGACCAGGGGGACACACGAUUGUGGAGGCGUCCUGGUGAGGGAGGACUUUGUUCUCACUGCUGCACACUGCUCUGGGCGGUACAGGGUGGUCCUGGGAGCUCACUCUCUUCGCGCCCGGGAGUCAUCCAAGCAGAAGCUGGAGGUUCAGAGCUACAUCCGUCAUCCUGGUUUCCAAGUUGUCGGGGACGAUACGGACCUCAUGCUUCUCAAGCUUGCUGGUAGAGCACGCCUGACCAGGGAGGUGCGUUUGAUUCCACUGAUGCAGAACCCGCCGGCCCCUGGCAGCCUGUGCAGCACGGCUGGGUGGGGCGAUGUGGGGGACAACCGAACCUUGGCAGACCGGCUCCAGGAAGUGGAUGUCAGGAUCCUGUCGCAGUCUGAGUGUGCUCGGAGGUGGAACCUGACGAUCACAGAGAAGAUGCUGUGUGGGACGGGACAGCAGGCCUUCCAAGGGUUCUGCUCGGUGAGACUUUUCUCUGCUUGCAAGGUUUCAUUUACAUUUUCACACUUUAUUCAUCUAAUAGCAGCUUUUAUCCAAAGCAUGAAGUACAGUAGAAGAUCAAGGAUCAGAAGUGCACAGUAGUCUGACAGUAUUUCAGUGAUCAGUCAAGGAACAGUCUGUAUUACCAGGCCCAGUUUAAAGUACCCUGUGUUCGUGUACGUGCAUCUCUGUAUGUGUGUGUGUGGUGCGUGUGUGUGUGGUGUGCGUGUGUUUGGGUGUGUUUGUGUGUGUGGGUGUGUAUGGUGUGUGUGUG